UUUAUAUCUUAUUUUAUAUUUUUAUAUACAUUAAAGCCAAUUUUUAAUUUAUUUAUCAAAAACGGUUCCAUAAUUAUCAAGAAGCACACUCAAACAGAAAACCUUAUUCUCCCUUUUAUUACCUUUUCUUCCAGUACCAAUCCAUUCUGACAUACCAUGUUUUUCGUAUAGCCGCUUCAGGUUUCACCUGAACCAUUUCACCCAAAAAAUAUAUACCAUGUCUAGUCGAAGUGCAAAGUCUCAAGUUGACAAGGGAAAAGCUGUUGCUAAGAAGGAUCCCAUUCUCGAUUUCGAUGAUGACAGUGAGGACGUGGAUUUUUCCGAUGACGGUUCAGAAAACAGCUACGACGAUUCGGAUUCUAGUAUGGACGAUGAGGAAACAGGGAAUGAAAACUUGCAAGAAGAUCUUGCUGCCAUUGACCCAAGAAACAUAACUUGCAGUACGAGAACUAGACGUAAAAAGAUCGACUUUACAAAAGCCAAGGUUCCAGAAGACGAAUUGAUGGAUGAGGAUGAUGAAGAUGAUGAGGACUAUAUUCCUCCUCAAUGAAAACUGUGCAACAAUGUCGGUUUUACCAAAAAAGGAGCACUGAAGUUGCUGCUCACCGGGGUGACUUUGUAAUGCAAUGGACAUGCUCUAGUUGAUUUGCAACUCUUUGGCCGAAUUUGUUGCCGCGUAGUGAAACGACAUGCUUCCCAAGUUGUUCUGCUAUACGCUUUCGCUGAAGAACUGAACAUGUUUGCAGCAAGUAUUGUAUAAUGUAAUUGCCGUACUGGUCGGAUGCCACUGUUAUUAAUGGGAUCCGAACUUUUUGUUGUCGAGCUGUCAUUAGCUCUUCAAUAUAUGAUUCAACAAAGUUUUCCGGACCCGUGCGUAAAGCCUUUUCUAUUACCUUUGAUGCAAACUGAUGUGUACUGUAACGAAUACUGUUGCUUAACAAGAGUUUCCGUAGAUAUUCUUGUUCAACUUCGUUCCCAUGCUCAACAAUGUGCUGUAUCACCCAGUUGCCCCAUUGCCCGCAAAGGAUAGCAUCUGCUUGGAAUAGUAUUUCGGUUUUGCAAAGUGUCUGUGUGAGAUGCAGUGUUAGUACUUCUUGAUGUAAAAGGUCGACAAUGUUUUUCCAGCUUGAAUGCUUACCUCAUCUUUUGAUUCACAGUUUUCAAAAAUGUUUUGAACAACAAGACUUCCCAUCUCGCUCAUGGCAAUCUCUGCCCAUUUUCCACGAAGGAGCACGUUCAGCUGUGACAUGAUGAACGAAGUAUGUUCUGGCCAGCGCAUGUCUAACAGCUUUUGCCAUACAUGGCACGAGUUGCGUCGCAAAAUCGACGACUCUGCGUGCUGAAUGAGUUCACGAAUGACGGCUAAACGAUGAUCAGCGGACAUAAAAUCGAGUGCUCGUUGGACUACAUGACAGCCAAAUGCAUGGGCAGACAGUUCGUGAAUAUGUCUGUAGAUCACCAAUGCAAAUUCGUUCAUCUGCUCCGGCGUACAAUACUCAAAGCACUUUUGAACCAAAAAGUUGCCAAACCGAUUGACUGCAAGGCUGUAUGUGUAGGGUAAUACAGAUUGACUUAUUUGAUGGCAUGUGUUUGCAUUUUCAGACUUGAGUUUUAACUGAAGAAAAACGGAUGCAAGUUGAUCAUUUUGAAAAAUGAUUCUUUCAAUAAGUACCUAGAGCAAGUGUUAGCUACGGAUUCUAAUACGCUUUCUUGAAUUGUCUCACCUUGUCUUCGUGGCUUCCGAACUUUUCAUAAAGCUGUUUCGCCUUUGUCUUUACUCUCUGUCCGUGCGUCUUUGCUUCGUUUUGCCCUCUCCAUGGCGUCUUGUGAACUGGACUUAAAGGCCUUAAGGAGUUGGCUGCUCCUUGCGAAUGGGAUGCGGCAAUGUUGAGUUGAUUCGAGUAAUCGUGUCGAAGCAAUAAGUCCAUUGACAAGGGGGUCAUGAGUGCUGACUGAAACCCUAAACGUGACUUGUCCUUUUGUACAUCGACAUCAUCUAUUGUUGGCAAUAACGAAGAGGAAAAACCAGUUGCCAAUGCUGCAUUGUCAACAUCCAUCUUCCAUAGAGACCCAGGAGUGGUAGAAUCCAGAGCAUUUGCUUGAGAAUGUGUGCUGGAAUUCCAUGACGCGAACGGUUGGUAUGUAUAUGAACCGCUGUUGAAUCCAUUACAGGGCUGAACGCUACUCGCCGGCGGCAUCGGCUGCCCUACUCGCUCGUCAGGAUUGUUAUCUUUGAGUAUAAGGCUAUUCCUAAAAUGGUCGAUAAAGUCCUCCAGCUCAUCACUCUUCUGCUGAUGGUUCAUGUUGGGCUGAAAGCUCAUGAACAAGUUUUGCCGACCAUUCAUAGGUUCACUCCCCGAAUGUUUGAGGCGUUUUGCGUCAACAGAGACUCGGUCCUUGGAUCCAUCCAGUACAGUCAUUCCAAACAAGGGACGACCCAGUCUUGUUCGUACGUCUCAGCACGUAAAUAGCAAAACCAAAUAAACCUCUUGGACAAAAGCUUAAACAAAAAGAUACAAAAAAGCUACUGUGGUUUUGGAGGUGAUGGAAACGGUUUCUUGCACAUGAAUUUGGUCAUCCACGAGAGCGCAAUAUGUAAACAAAGACUCGAGCCGGGUGUUUCCAGUGAGCGCGAUAUAUUCGCUCAAACUGUCGCUUGCUAUGUAUGCUCUGUAUAACCCGAAAACAAUCGGGAAAGCUAGAACUGAGGCUAUAUCUUUUCGCGUGCUUUUCCGAAAUUGUAAUAAUACACAGUGAUGAUAUAUAUGGUACAUGAAUAACCCAAAGGUGUAAAAACUAAGCGAAUUCAAUUGCAGCAGUUGCAAGUUCCGUAAAGAUACGUACUUUCUCAGCUUGUUCGUUUUUUUCGCAUGUACAUAUAACAUACAAGAAUCCGUCUCGUUCAUCUCCAAUCUUUCAAAACCAUGAAAGUUGAGCCCAUUCAGAUGCACAACGCGGCCUCUAUUCACUCAUCUAAAUCAUUUCAUACCACGUCCCUCCAUCGUUUCUCUAGCAUAUGGUCGAUUCUCAACUUUUUAUUCCACACAGUCAAAUCCUGCAAGAAACCAUGGAAAUCAAUAGUAAACUACUCUACUAGUUCACAAACAAAGUUCUAAUGUUAUUUUAUAUAAUAAAAACGUCAAUUAAGGUGGUAUCUUAAGAAGUGUAGACAUCCUCCCGGACCCAGGCAAACAUGCCCUCUACCAACCACUUAAUAAAUCAACGAAAACAGGAUAUACAGCUGUCGGAUUAAAUGAAAAGGUGAUACAUUAAAAAAGACACGAUAGUAUUAAAAUU